AUGGGAAAUACGACUGAUUACAGCGAUCAAGCAUGUGCUGCCUUACAAUUACUAUGCAACGUAGCACUGACUCCCAAAGGUUGUCACCUUCUGGACGGAAAAUCCAAAGAGCUCCUGGGGAUGUUGGCGACGCGUGAUCCUUAUAUGCUGCGACAAGUCCUGUCUGUAUUACUAAAUCUGUCAUGCGACAGCAAUAGUUCUACCUUACUUUUGCAUGCAGAGGCUCCUGACGGUCUAAUGGACACGGUGGUUUUUGCUCUUUCACCUUCCGUACAACCACUUGUUUCCGUACAAGCAGUGACGUUGCUAAAAAACCUCUACAAUGCUAUGCGUGUUCGAGGUACUUCCAAACAAAGUCAACAAUUUGUUUCCCCCGGUUGCACGAUGCAAGAUUUCCUCUUGGUAAGUUGA